GGGCUAGUCGGCUUGUGGGCAUCCAGGAACUGGUGGUCUGUUGAGUGGGUGUGCCUUGCUAAACAGAGUUGACUUUAGAACGAUGUAGACGCUACCAAAGAUGGACCAGAUCCAGACGUUUCAAGUCUGAACGUGUGUGGCACAAACCAAAGAUCGAGCGACUGUGAUGGAGGCCGUGGUGAGCGCCUCCCAUGGCGCCGUGCAGAUACUAUUGGGGAAGCUCGGCAACGUCCUCGCCACCAAAUACACGCUUCUCAGUGGUGUUCGCGGGGAGAUCCAGGAGCUCAAGGACGAGCUCGAGAGCAUGACCGCCUGCCUCCUCGAGCUCGCGGAUGGCGAUGAUCACAACGAACAAACUAGGACUUGGAUGAAACAAGUGAGGGAAGUCGCGUUCGAUGUGGAGGACUGUAUGGACAGGUUCUGCCAUCACCUCAGCGAGCACCAUGGAGACCGUAAAGGACUCCUGGAAUACCUCCAUAGGAUGUUCAACAUGGUGCGGACAUUGAGGGUGCGGCACACAGUGGCCACCGAUAUCCAGGGCCUCAAAUCUCGUGCCCAGAAAGUGAGCGAAAGGAGGCGCAGGUAUGAUCUAGGCGAGUCGGCAGGACGGUCAAGCAAAGCGCUUGAUUCUUCUUCGUACAGCCACCAUGACAAUCUGGACCGCUGGCUGCCAGCAAUCCAUGGUGACGGGUCUGGGCUAGUCGGGAUGGGCAACAUGACUCAUGCCGUGGUGAGGCUGCUCAGUGAGAAACGCCAGGCGGCGGCAGGUCCCCGAGUGCUGUCCAUAGUGGGUUUCGGUGGCCUCGGCAAGACCACCCUCGCCACGACCAUCUACAGCACUCCAAAGUUGGGUGGCAUCCAGUGCCGCGCUUUCAUUCCGGUGUCCCAGACAUAUGAUUUCCGUUCUCUUCUCGAGUCCGUGCUGAAGCAGCUUUCGACUUUGGCCGACAGUGAUAAAGAUGACGAUCCCCUCCGGAACAUUAAAAAAUGGACCAUAAGCGACUUGGUUGACAAGAUCAAACAAUGUUUGAAGCGUAAGAGGUACCUGAUCGUUCUGGAUGACGUCUGGCAAGCAGCUGCAUGGGAUCAGCUAAAGGUAGCUUUUCCUCAUGAUAAUGGUGAAGAGGGCAGCAUAUUAAUUACUACACGCAGUCACGAGGUGGCAAAAAAUUGCUGCACCUCUCCCAAUGAUCCUGUCUAUGAAAUGAAGCGGUUACAGAUGGAUGAUUCAGAGAAGCUAUUCUUCAAGACGGUCUUUGAGUCAGGGAAAUGUCCGAACGACCUGCUGAAAGUCUCCAAUGCCAUUUUGGCAAGGUGCAACGGUCUACCUCUAGCUAUAGUGAGCAUAGCACGAAUGCUAGCUCGGAGGCAAAACAAGACAUCGGCAGAGUGGCAAACAGUAUGUGAUAGGCUGGGUUCUGAACUGGAGAUAAACCCCACUUUAGAGGGAAUGAGACGGAUACUUGCUCUGAGCUACAAUGAUCUGCCAUACCAUCUGAAAGCAUGUUUCUUAUACCUGUGUGCUUUCCCUGAGGAUUUUGAGGUCAGAAGAGGCUCUCUGAUUAGACGGUGGGCAGCCGAAGGCUUAAUCUCUGGAAGGUAUGGUCACAGUUUGGAAGAGAUUGCUCAGAAUUAUUUGGAUGAGUUUGUCAGUAGAAACAUCGUCAGCCCUGAACAGAUUGGCUGUAGUGGCAAGAUUAAGAGUUGUAAAGUCCACGACAUAAUGCUAGAAGUUAUCACCGCUAAAUCUGUCAAGGAAAAUUUCAUCUCGUUCCUAGGGAGCAGUCAAUACAACACAACAGCAGGCCAUGACAAGGUACGAAGGCUCUCCAUCCAUCCUGGUGUCGCCAAGGAGCAGAUAACCUUUUCCAGUAAGAACAUAGUCCAUACCCGUUCACUGACAAUUCUGGACUGCAUUGAGAAACCUGUACCCAUCAAAUUUGCUGAGUUGACACUUUUAAGGGUUUUAGAUCUUGAAGGAUGUGGAUGGUUAAGCGAUAAGGAUCUCAAGGACAUUUGCAAACUGUCUCUGCUGAGAUACCUCAGCCUUAGAAAGACAACCAUAUCCCAACUACCAAAUGCAGUAGGGAAACUUAAAGAAUUGGUGACACUGGAUGUAAGGGAAACUCCUGUCGUCGAGUUUCCCAAAGGUAUCACUCGGCUCCAGAAUCUGAAUCAUCUACUUGUAGGCCGUUAUGCAUAUUACACAAGGACACGAAGUGUCAAGCGUUUUGGGGGGAAACGUGGAGCGAAGGUACCACUUGGAUUAGGGAAUAUGGUUGCCCUCCAGAGAAUCUCUCAUGUAGACAUCUCUACACAGAAAAGCUCCUGUGCAAUGCAUGAACUGGAAAAAUUGCGGCAGUUAACCAGACUUUGUGUAAUCAACAAGAAUGAAGCAAAGUUUUGGAAACCCUUUGCCAAGUCUUUGAAUGUGCUUAGCACCUCUCUUCGUUAUCUAAUGGUCCUGGAUGGUUCAGAGAAAGGCGAGGAGCUGGAAUUUUUAGUACGCCUAAAGGCCCCCCCUCUGUUUCUGCAGAGGCUGCAUUUGGGGGGACGGCUAACUAAGCUGCCUGACUGGGUAUCAUCGCUCAACAACUUGGCCAGUCUGUCGCUUCGAGAGACUCACCACUUGGCGGAGGAUUCCUUUGAGGUUCUAGGGAAGCUCCCCAGUCUUGUUUCUCUCAAGCUAUACUUCAGGGGAUAUGCUGGGAGUGCCUUAUGUUUUGAAGAGGACAGUUUUCCCCGACUGAAGCAAUUGGUUGUGGAUAAUCAGGAGUAUCUCCAGGAGCUGAGCUUCCAUGGGGGUUCACCCAAUCUUGAGAGGCUCACAUUGGCUUUCAGUAGGGUGCCUCGUGGAGGCAUUAACGGCAUUGAGAACCUGCUGUGCCUAAGAGAAGUUGAGUUCUUCGGUCACAUUAUAGAUUCUACAUUUAAUGAGGUGUUUGAGGCGGCCAAAAUACAUCCAAAUCGUCCGAAAGUCACCAGGGACGAUCAACCUUCUACGGAAGCUGCACAAGCAAGUUCAGGGGUGGGGUACAGUGAGCAGCAGUCAACCAACCAGCAGGUGGAUAGGCCUGCACUUCGGCGUGAAGAAGAUGACGAGGCAGCGCCAGCUUGGCGUCUGCUGCCUUCUAAGUGUCCUCUGGCUUAUAUACUGUAAUUUGUAUAACUGCGUCCUCUGUAUUUCCUGAACUUAGGUUGAACGGUCGAUUGUUGCGC